AGCAGCGCCGGGCCAUGGGGCGGCCGGGGGGGCUCCUGCUGCUGCCGCUGCUGCUGGCGACCCCGGUGGGGGCCGGGGCGGCCUCCCCAGGGUCCUGCGAGCCCCAGGCGUCCUGCGAGGCGUGUGUCCGCUCCCACCCGCUAUGCGCCUGGUGCGAGGACCCGGAUUUCACGCGGGGGGGCCAGGCCGAGGCCACGCGCUGCGGCCCGCGGGAGGCGCUGGAGCGCGCCGGGUGCCCCCCCCGCGCCGUGGUGCAGCCCCGCGGCGGCGUGCGGGUGCUGGCGGACGCGGAGCUGGGGGGCGGGGGCGGCCGGGGGGGGCCCACCCAGCUGCGGCCCCAGAGCGUCCGGCUGCUGCUGCGGCCCGGGGAGGAGCAGAGCUUCCAGGUGCGCUUCCGGCGGGCGCAGGGUCACCCCGUGGACCUCUACUACCUGAUGGACCUCUCCUACUCCAUGCGGGACGACCUGGAGAACGUCCGCAAGCUGGGCAGCGACCUCCUGGCCGCCCUGCGCAACGUCACCUCCUCCGUCCGCAUCGGUUUCGGUUCGUUCGUGGACAAGACGGUGCUGCCUUACGUCAGCACGGUGCCCUCCAAGCUGCAAAACCCCUGCCCGGAGCGGCGGGAGCCCUGCGACCCCCCGGCCGCCUUCCGCCACGUGCUCUCGCUGACGGCCGACGCCGGGGAGUUCGCCCAGCGCGUCAGCGGCCAGCGCAUCUCCGGCAACCUGGACGCGCCCGAGGGGGGCUUCGACGCCAUCAUGCAGGUGGCGGUCUGCGAGGAGCGCAUCGGCUGGCGCCCGGUCACGCGCCUGCUGGUCUUCGCCUCCGACGACACCUUCCACACGGCGGGGGACGGCAAACUGGGCGGCAUCGUCACGCCCAGCGACACCCGCUGCCACCUCGACGCCAGCGGCGUUCUACUCCAAAAGCCACCUCUAUGAUUACCCUCGGUGGGACACUUGGCCCAGGUGCUCUCGGCCGCCAACAUCCAGCCCAUCUUCGCCGUGACGGGACCCACCGUGCCCGUCUACCAGGAGCUGAGCCGCCUGAUCCCCAAGUCCGUGGUGGGGGAGCUGCGGGAGGACUCCAGCAACGUGGUGCAGCUCAUCGCCGACGCCUACAACAGCCUCUCGUCCACGGUGGAGCUGCAGCACUCGCCGCUGCCCCCCGGCAUCAGCCUCAGCUACGAGUCCCACUGCGGGGGCCCCCCCGGCCCCCCCAGCCCCAGCGGCUUCUGCGCCGGCGUCCGCGUCAACCAGGAGGUGACCUUCACGGUGCGGGUGCGGGCGGGCGCCUGCCUGGGGUCCCCCCAGCGCGUGGGGCUGCGGGUGCUGGGCUUCGCCGAGGAGCUGAGCCUGGAGCUGGGCACCCUCUGCGAGUGCCCCUGCGCCCACCGCCAGCCCCAGACGCCCCUCUGCCACGGCGGGGACCUGCUCUGCGGGGUCUGCAGGUGCCCGGGGGGCCGCCAGGGCCGUCGGUGCGAGUGCGAGGAGGGGGCGGCGGCGGCGGCGGAGGCGGCGGGGGGCUGCCGGCCCCCCAACAGCACGGGGCCCCCCUGCAGCGAGGGCCAGUGCGUGUGCGGCGCCUGCGAGUGCCCCCCCGGGCUCAGCGGGACCCUCUGCCAGUGCGACAGCAGCGCCUGCGAGCGCCACGGGGGGCUGCCCUGCGGAGGCCCGCAGCGGGGCGAGUGCGUGUGCGGGACGUGCCGGUGCCGCGAGGGCUUCGUGGGCAGCGGGUGCGGGUGCCCCGUGGCGCGGGAGGGCUGCGUGCGGGACGGCCGCGAGUGCAGCGGCCGCGGGCGCUGCGUGUGCGGGAGCUGCCUCUGCCAGCCCGGCUACGCGGGACCCCUCUGCGCGCGCUGCCCCGCCUGCCGCACCCCCUGCCAGCGCCGCCGGGACUGCGCCGACUGCGGCGCCUUCGGGCGGGGGCCGCUGCGGGGGAACUGCAGCCACGCUGUGCCCGCGCCCCCGCGCGCGCGCUGCCCGCGCCCCCCCGCGACCCCCCGCGGCUGGUGCCGCGAGCGGACCGAGGACGGCCGUCCUCCUCUUCCUCAUCGAGGGCGGGGGCGGCGACGGGGGGAGGAGGAGGAGGAGGAGGAGGAGGAGGAGGAGGACCGGGAGGUGACGCUGAUCGUCUGGGCUGAGGAGGGCGGGGCGGGGGUCGCGGGGGGGCUGGUGGCCGGGCUGGCGGCCGGGACGGUGGCGCUGGGGCUGCUGGCGCUGGGCCUCUCCCGCCUCGCCCUGGAGCUCUGCGACCGCCGCGAGUUCCAGCGCUUCCAGCGCGAACGGCAGCGCGCCCGCUGGGCCGAGAACAACCCCCUCUUCAGGAGCGCCACCACCACCACCGUCAACCCCCACUACGUGCCGGAGUGAGGGGACAGCGGGGGGAGACCCCCCCCCCCCGCAAAACCACCCCGGGUGGCACCGACCCCCCCCCCAUCCCCAGAGACCCCCACCCCCCACUUUAUGUACCCCCCCCCCUCAUUUUGUACAAGACCCUCAAUAAAAGGAGCCACCCUGACACCGUC